CCCACGCCUUCACCCUAUCUUCAUCCCCAAUAUACCCUUUUAAUCACCACUCAACUCCCCUCAAUCACACACAACCAUGUUCCGUCGUCUCGUCACCGUUGUUCCUCGCUCCGGCGUUCUCGCGCCUCGCACCAUCACCCCGGCCGUCUCCGGCAUCCAGCAGACUGUGAGAGCCACUGUUGCUCCCCAGCAGCGCAGAGGAUACCAUGAGAAAGUGUUGGACCACUACUCCAACCCACGUAACGUUGGCUCGAUGGCCAAGUCCGUGGACGUUGGCACCGGUCUCGUCGGUGCUCCGGCCUGCGGCGACGUCAUGAAGCUCCAGAUCCGCGUCGACAAGGACACCCACAAGAUCAGCGACGUCAAGUUCAAGACUUUCGGCUGCGGUAGUGCUAUUGCUAGCUCAAGUUAUUUGACCGAGUUGGUUCGCGGUAUGACCCUCGAUGAGGCGGCCAAGAUCCGCAACACGGAUAUCGCCAAGGAACUGUGCUUGCCUCCUGUUAAGCUGCACUGCUCCAUGCUUGCCGAAGACGCCAUCAAGUCCGCCAUCUCGGAUUACUACACCAAGAACCCUCGCGCCCAGAAGACCGAUCUGUCGGGCACGGGCGCCUCGAUCCCUCAGGUGCAAGUGGAGGUGGAGCAGACUAGCAGUGCCACUGCCUAGAUCUCCCACGCUCUACAAGUUCCCCUAGAUUGAAAACCGUGAAAAAUUCAAAACGAUGAAAAAAAAAGGUGCAAAAGUCGGGGGCUUCGGAUACGGAUACAGAUACCAUGAUUCCCGCUGAUUGAUUGAUUAAUUGAUUGAUUCCUGGAGAGAGAGAGAUGAUAGCAGAAUGAUACACUGCAGUGGGGUCGAGUGAGU